AUGUCCUUGGGCAAUAUCCCCUUGAGUCCUCAGGGGCCCCCAUCAGAUCACGGCGGUGCUGCAGUUGACGACGCCAUGAACAAAGACCAGAAACCCGAGGCCGAAACCACAUCGCCUACGCAAACAUCAGGCCCAUCCGGUGUGAAUUCCGAACAGAUUAAGCAAGUCUCGGACGUUUUGUCUUCCGAGAUUGGCAUUGUUACGCUACUGAAUCGCCUCAAACAGAGCAUAGCUUCAGCAAAGGAAUUUGCGUUGUUCCUCAAGAAGCGAUCGAGUCUGGAAGAAGACCAUGCCAAUGGCAUCAGGAAACUCACCCGUACCACCCAGGAGGUCAUGCGCCGGCCCGAUCAUCGACAAGGCACAUUCGGCAACGCAUACGAGGCUAUGGCAAGCACCCAUGAACGUAUGGCCGAGAAUGGCAUCGAGUUUGCCAAAGAGCUACACCAGAUGCAUGACGAGCUUAUGGAGCUCGCUGGUGUUGCCGAGCGCAGCCGGAAGUCAUGGAAGCAAAACGGCUUGUCCGCUGAGAACAAAGUGGCAGAGAUGGAGCAGACUAUGCGUAAGAGCAAGGCCAAGUACGACUCUCUUGCUGAGGAUUAUGAGCGGGUCAAGACCGGCGAGUCGCGCCAGAGCGGCAAGAUGUUUGGCCUCAAGGGACACAAGUCAGCGCAACAGCAUGAGGGUGAGCUGCUGAAGAAGGUUCAAGCUGCUGAUUCUACCUACCACGGGCACGUCCAGGCCUUGCAGGCUGAGAAGGCCCAACUUGUUUCAACGACACGCCCAGAAGCCAUUCGAGCUCUUCAAGACUCGAUUAAGGAGAUUGAUGCAGGAAUCUCAUUGCAAAUGCAGAAGUUUGCCUCCUUCAAUGAGCGCCUACUAUUAAGCAAUGGUCUGAGUGUCAGUCCCAUUCAGGGUCCUGGGGCCCAAGGCAGCUCUGCUCAACGCAGUCUGCGACAGGCUGCUUCUUCGAUUGAUAACGACAAAGACCUAAAUGACUAUGUCACGGCACAACACAGAAGUGUGCCUCCCAACACUGGUGAAAUCAAAUAUGAGCGCAAUCCAGCGCUUAACCCUCCGGGCUCCAGCAGCCAACAUAAUCCAGGAGGCCCUGUUCAACAACCCGCUACUGUUGUGCAGUCACCAGUAUCACAGACACAGCCCCAAGGUGGUUUCUCCGGACCACAGCCUUUGGGUCCAGGAUCAAGGACCAGUACCCUUGGUCUUGGCCCUAUUACUGGCGUUACUGGAGGUGACCCUUCAUUCCCCCCAACUGACGACCCUCGACCUUUUUCGCAGCCUCAUAAUAGGAGCUUCAGUCAAGGGAACAUGCCAGUGCAACAGGGCACUCCUGGCCAGCAAUUUUCAGGUCGGGCCCCCAAUCAACAACAGACACCUGGUCAAAGAUAUGGUAAUGGGGGGUCUAUCAGUUCAUCCGGGCCACCGCAACUUGGUGCUCUGCCCUUCCAGCCAGGCGGUUCCCCUCCUCAACAGCCAGUUCCUGGCCAAGCUCCUCGUGAACGUUCAGGAAGUGGGGUAAACUCGGGACAAGGACCUCCAGGUGCUACACGGUCACCACCUCCCUACGGAGCUUCUAGUCACCCUCCUCCUGGCCCUGGGCCUUCCGGGCCUGCCAGGCCAAUGUUCGGCUUGCCGCUAAGUCGUCUUUAUGAACGUGACGGCUUGGCAGUACCAAUGGUUGUUUACCAAUGCAUCCAGGCGGUGGAUAUGUACGGCCUUAAUGUGGAAGGCAUAUACCGCCAGUCUGGGUCCAUGGCUCACAUACAAAGACUAAAGAAUAUGUUCGACACAGAGUCGUCCAACCCUGCGCUCGAUUUUAGGAAUCCCGAGAACUUUUAUCAUGACGUCAAUAGUGUUACUGGCCUGUUGAAGCAGUUUUUCCGCGAUCUCCCUGACCCGCUACUCACGCUCGAGUAUCAUGAUAGCUUUAUCACGGCUGCCAAACAAGAAGACGAUACGGUACGUCGCGAUUCGAUUCACGCCAUCAUCAACAGUCUUCCUGAUCCCAACUACGCUACACUGCGUGCUCUCACUCUUCACCUCUGGAGAGUCAUGGACAACAGCCACAAUAAUCGCAUGAACUGCCACAACCUAGCCGUCAUUUUUGGCCCGACACUCAUGGGCACUGAUCCCAGCACUGCCAUUGCCGAUGCGGGCUGGCAGAUCAAGGCCAUCGACACCAUCCUGCAGAACACGCUCCAAAUCUUUGACGAGGAUUAA